AUGGAUAGAACGCCAUCCACCACGGACAUUAAAGAAACGCUGGAUAUUAUAUACGAGAUGGCCACCAUUCUCGAUACAGGGCUUGAUCGUGACACCUUGGCCCUGUGCGUUUCCUUGUGUGAGAAAGGCGUGAAUCCGGAAGCCUUAGCGACCGUCAUUAAGGAUUUGCGGGAGCAGCAGCAAAAGUUGUCUACGAGCACCAACUGA